AUGGAAACACUCAAUCGACGGUGGUUUUAUUGGAUGUGGUUGAUCCAGUGGAUGUUGAAGAGGGUCAGUGAAUUCCCGGCAGACGAUGUCGAGGUGCGAAUCGUGGCUCGAGAACAGCCGACGCUUGACCCGCCCGUCAAUGUUGAUCUCAAUUUAGAGACAGUGGAUCCACAUGUGCGCGAUGUGGCGACAGCGUUGAGCGACUCUUUCUCCCUCGUUCAAAGGAGAUAUCAACAAUUCGGCAGCGGUGACGCUUAUGUACGCAUGUUGAUCGAGAGACCGAUCGUCGCCCGGAAUGCACCAAUGCACAAUUUUGAAAAUGAAAGCAUCUUGAGUGAUCGUUUAACGAGAAGCGCGACAAGCGGUGAUGCACAAGUCGAAUCGCGUCUCAACCUCUCGCAACCGGAUCCUGUUAUCCCCAAUAUCACUCAACGAUUAACGCCCGGUCAAAUGGAUGCGUCGAAUGAGGCGAGGCGAUUGACGGGUCGACAACAGCAAAAUCUCGUCAAUCUUUUACCGCCACAAGAUGAAAACGAUGUGAUCGAGAAAGGAAGCUCUCCCCCGUUUCCCGAGGAGCGCGGCUCGCACAAAUUGAUUAUCAAAGUUGUUAAGCUUCACAUCGAGCCCUCAUUCGAACCAAUCUUCGGCUCAAUUGCUCUCUACGAUGCGAAAAUGAAAAAGAAAGGUUUG